AUGCGUUUCGAAGUAGCCGCCCUCAUCGCUGUCGCCGCCAGCGCCUCGGCCCAGGCUGUCGUCGGCAAAUCUUAUGGUUUCGCAUCUGGAGUCACAGGAGGUGGAGAAGCCACUGCGGUCACCCCAACCACCGCAGAUGAACUCGCAAAGUACCUAUCUGACGACACCGAGCGCGUCAUUUUGAUCACCAAGGAGUUUGACUUCACUGGAAAGACAGCGACAGGUUCCGGCUGCGACAGAAAGUCCUGCAGUGCCUCCAACGGCGGCCAAUUCUACCUUGGCGAGCUCUCCUGUGCCGCCUCUGAUGACAAUGUGCCUGUCAGCUCUAUCAAGUACGAUACCGCUGGCCCUGAACCGCUCAAAGUCGGCAGUAACAAGUCGAUCCUUGGUGUUGGCGGAAAGGGUGUACUCAAGGGCAAGGGCCUUUCCCUAGCGAAGAACGCGAAGAACGUCAUCAUCCAAGGCCUCGAGUUCACUAACAUCAACCCCGGCGUUGUGUGGGGAGGUGAUGCUCUUGACUUCCAGGGUGGCAACGACGGUGUCUGGGUCGACCACAACAAAUUCUCUCUCAUCGGCCGCUUGUUCAUUGUCUCCCAUUACUCGGCCUCGCGUCUUACUGUCUCGAACAACGAGUUUGACGGUGUGACUACUACCUCCGCUAGCUGCAAUGGCAACCACUACUGGACCAUGAUGUUUUACGGCGACGGCGAUAAGGUAACCCUCGACCGAAACUACUACCACGACGUCGCCGGCCGCGCACCCAAGCUUGGUCAAGACGGCACAACCGGCACUUUCCACGCAGUCAACAACUACUUUGAAAACAUGAAGGGCCACGCCUUCGACGCUUACAAAGGCGCCCAAGCGCUGGUUGAAGGCAACGCCUUCUCUAGCGUCGAUCAGCCCGCCACCGACAAGGCCGCAAAGAUCUCCACCUUCAUUGUCGACGGCGGCUCAGCAUGUUCCAGCGUGCUCGGCCGCGCUUGUCUCGCCAACAGCGUUGACUCUGCCAGCGGCAAGCUCGCCGGUGGCUCAACCACGAGCUUCAUCUCCGCGCUCAAAGGCAACGACGUGACGCCUCUGACCGUCAAGGACGUCGCUGCACACGUCAAGGCCAACGCUGGCCCUGCCAACCUCGGUGCUGCCGAGAAGGAGGUUUCAGCGCCCACGACUAGCAAGGCUGCCGCGCCUGCUACUACCACCACCAAGGCUACUGCCACCACCAAUGCGGCUGAUAAGACGACUCUGGCUACUGUCAAGAAGCCUACUGCUACAAAGGAAGCUACUUCUGGCGGUGCGGCUAUUGCAGCCUGGGGCCAGUGCGGUGGCCAGAGAUACACCGGCUCUACCACAUGUGCCAGCGGUCUUACCUGCAAGAAGCAGAAUGAUUACUACAGUCAGUGCUUGUAA